UAAGAAGGGACGCUAACGGUAUCUCAGACGAGACAACAGUGUUAAAAUGCUUGUAAAACAGAUAUAUUUGUUUAAUUUAUGCAUCCUGAUGCAGUUCAUUGGAACAGCUGCGGCCUCCAGAGAGUGGGCAGUUUGGUACAAGUCCGAACAAUAUUGCGUAUUUAAAGGUUCUUCUGUGGAUUUCGGCUGCACAUACAACUACCCAGCUGGCUACAGGGUUAAAAUCCUCAAGUGGAUCAAGCAAGAACAAAAGCACAUAAAACUUGUUUACCACUCGGACCCUGAGCAGGUAGAUUUAUCGUACAGAAGAAGAACUGAGUUGGCUAAUGAAGACAAGAACUGCACCCUUAGACUGCACAAUGUUUCUGAGAGUGACGUGGGGAAAUACUUCUUCCGCUUUUAUACAGGAUGGGCAGGCUCAGAAGGAACAUACUUAAAUGUAGCAGUUCUACCCUUUAGAGUGAGACUGAUUACCAAUAGGACGGACAGCUUCACCCAGGAAGGGGACAAGGUGAAUCUGACCUGUGAGACUAAAAAUUGUACCCCCUCAGGAGUACAGAUCACCUGGUUUAAGAAUGGGGUCCCGCUUCCUCUGAUCAAAUCGUGGGAACUCAGAUUCAACCCAGUCUCUCCCAGUGACUCUGGCAACUACUCCUGCGGCCUGAAUUACAGCGACAGCUCAACAGCACCUCAGUUUCUGCUUGACGUGAGAUACAGUCCAAGGAAUGUUUCUCUCACUGCACAUCCAGACAGACUCAUUCAUAGUGGAAAUACAUUGACUCUGAUCUGCGAGAGCAGCGCUAACCCUUGUGCUAACACAUACUCCUUGUUUAAAAUGAAUGGAACAGAUGUGUUUCAGAUAGGAUGGGGUCAUAAUUACACUGUCCCAGCUGUCGGUCCUGGGGACAGUGGACAGUACUUCUGCCUGGCUCAAAAUGCUCUGGGAUCGCAAAACUCUACAGUGAUUUCUAUAAGAGUACAAGAUUCCAAAGAUCCUGAUCACUUGCUGUUUGUGCGAGCUGCACUGGGAGCACUGUUAUUUGCAGCCAUUGUAACAGUGACCCUCUUUUAUCUCACAAAGAGGAGGAAACAGUCUUCAUCUGCCAUCAACGACGCUGCUGAAAACCUGUCAAAUGCAGACUGCACUCCAGGGCUGGAGUCCAGCCAAUGCACUGGAUCUCUACACAACUUACAAGUAAAGCUGUUUUUUAUCUGCUAUUCUUGCUUAUCAGUCUUUGACAACAUCCUGCCCCAUAGUUCAAUGCAUUCCCAUGCAUAUUGCAACAUAAGAUGAAUUUGCGUAAAGCAGCGGUUCCUGACUGUGAUUGUGGAGAACCCUGCGCAUUAUAGUUGCGGAAUGGGAAACACUGACAGGUAGUGGACAGCAGAGGUACUGCAGACUUGAUUGGAAAUGUGACUUUUUUUCUAAUAUUCAAUCAAAAUACAGUGCACAGCAGAUUAAAUUUAAUGUAUUUUUAAACAGAUAGCCAAGUUAAAUAUGCUUCCUUGCUGUUAAUGCAAAUUUCAAUAUUAUAAUGAGUUUCCCUGAUAAUGUUUGAAAAUAAAUAAAAAGGAAGUUCUCAGAUACAUAAAUAAUACAGCUUCUUCAAACUGUCAACACACAUGGCCGUUACUGUUAAAAGUAGGGUGGCUGUGCAGAGAACCUUAGAGGGGUCUCAAAAUUAAAAAAAGAGGUGCAUGGAUCAGGGAUUUUACAUAGCGUAACCUGUUUAAAAUGCUUAAAAAUUCUAGACAAUUCUAUUUCAUUGUGCACAUAACUUUACAAUUUCCUACACAGUCAUUGAUGGAUGGGUGAAAAAUGAUGUGAACAACUGGUGUCAUCCACAAGCUGCACCAUACCAGAAAGGAGUUUGAAAUGCAGGCCAGGAGAUAAUGUGACCAAGUACAAGCUUUCUGAUGGUUUAUUUAUACUCCUCUAUUCAUUUAAUUACAAUUAAAUGGUUAAUAAUAUGUAUCAUGUCAUCAUAAAUUAAGGGAAAUUGUUUUGUUGCCCUGAGGCAACAUUGCGAAAUAGAGGGUUAAUGCUUAAUUUGUUUCCUAGGAAAAGUACACUUUACCGAAGAGUAUACUUUUGAUUGGUUAAUGUUCAUUCUUAUCACAGGAGCUGAAAGCUUAAAAAUGUAAUUAAACAAGGUAAUCAACAUCAUGGACACAAUGUAAAAGAUCGGUUUUGGUGAUAAGAAUAGGUUUGAGGAGAGGCAAGCAGCAAGAACUUGUUAGAACAGGGGUAUUAAUUUCAGUAAUGGUAGUCUAGUACAUGGUGAUAUCACUGCUUAAAUACAA